ACCAUGUUACAGGACACAUUCUCGUUUGAAGAUUUAUCUGUGGACUUCACCCAAAAGGAAUGGCAGCUCCUGGACCCCAGUCAGAAGGACCUGUACAAGGAUGUCAUGUUGGAGAACUAUAGCAGCCUUGUGUCACUGGGGUACGAAGUUAUGAAACCUGAUGUCAUCUUCAAGUUGGAGCAAGGAGAAGAGCCGUGGAUCGGAGAUGGAGAAGUUCCAAGUUCAGAUUGUCCAGAACAAGUCUUGCAAGUAGAUGGUCACAUGACAUGGCACCAGGAUAACCAAGAGAAGCUUAGAAAUAUGAAACAAGAUCAUGAAUGUGAUACAUUUGGAAAAAAAUUCAAUCUGAGCAUAAACUUUGUUCCUUUAAGGAAAUCAAACAGUGAAGAUGACGUAGAUGGAUUACUUUUAAAACAUCACUUAGAUUUACUUAUUCCAAAAGCAGAUUAUGGAAAAGCGGAACCACACGGCUUAAGCGUAUUUGAUAAAUUGUUUCUCCAUACCAAGCCUGAGGAAACUAAUACUUGGUUAAAAUACUAUGACUAUGAUAAAUAUGAUAAAAUUAGCUCUAAGAAGUCACAGAUUAUCAUAUAUCAUAGAACUCGUUUAGGGGAGAAACUCUAUGAAUGCAGUGAAUGUAGGAAACGCUUCAGUAAGAAAUCAAGUCUCAUUAAGCAUCAGAGCAGACAUAUAAGAGAGAUCGCCUAUGGCUGUGGUAAGUGUGGCAAAACCUUUCCCCAGAAAUCACAGUUUAUUACUCAUCACAGAACUCAUACAGGAGAGAAGCCUUAUAAUUGUGGCCAGUGCGGGAAAGCCUUCUCCCAAAAAUCGCAGCUCACAUCCCAUCAGAGAACACACACAGGAGAGAAACCAUAUGAAUGUGGUGAAUGUGGGAAAGCCUUCUCCCGGAAGUCACAUCUCAUCUCACAUUGGAGGACACACACAGGUGAAAAACCCUACGGGUGCAAUGAAUGUGGGAGGGCCUUUAGUGAGAAGUCAAAUCUUAUUAAUCAUCAGAGAAUUCAUACAGGAGAGAAACCUUUUGAAUGCAGAGAAUGUGGGAAAGCUUUCACCUUCUUUGAGAAAUCAGAGCUCAUUAGACAUCAGACAAUUCAUACAGGAGAGAAGCCCUACGAAUGCAGUGAAUGUCGGAAAGCCUUCAGAGAGCGCUCGAGUCUCAUUAACCACCAGAGAACUCACACAGGAGAGAAGCCUCAUGUGUGCAUUCAGUGCGGGAAAGCCUUCUCCCAGAAGUCACAUCUCAUAUCCCAUCAGAUGACACACACAGGAGAGAAACCCUUCGUAUGCAGUAAAUGUGGGAAAGCCUUCAGCAGGAAAUCUCAGCUUGUUAGACAUCAGAGAACUCACACAGGAGAAAAACCCUAUGAAUGCAGUGAGUGUGGGAAGGCUUUCAGUGAAAAGUUGAGCCUUACUAAUCAUCAGAGAAUUCAUACAGGAGAAAAACCCUACGUGUGCAGCGAGUGUGGGAAGGCCUUUUGUCAGAAGUCACAUCUCAUAUCCCAUCAGAGGACUCACACAGGAGAGAAACCCUAUGAAUGCACUGAAUGUGGGAAAGCCUUUGGUGAGAAGUCAAGUCUUGCAACUCACCAGAGAACUCAUACAGGAGAAAAACCAUACGGUUGUAGGGAUUGUGAUAAAGCCUUUUCUCAGAAGUCACAGCUGAAUACUCACCAGAGAAUCCACACAGGGGAGAAACCCUACGAAUGCAGUCUUUGUAGGAAAGCUUUCUUUGAGAAAUCGGAGCUAAUUAGACAUCAAAGAACUCAUACAGGAGAAAAACCAUACGAAUGCAGCGAGUGUGGGAAAGCCUUCAGGGAGAAGUCAAGCCUCAUCAAUCAUCAGAGAACACACACAGGCGAGAAACCCUUUGAGUGCAGUGUGUGUGGUAAAGCCUUUUCUCGGAAAUCACACCUCAUACCACAUCAGAGGACACACACUGGGGAGAAGCCCUACGGCUGCAGCGAAUGUAGGAAGGCCUUUUCUCAGAAGUCACAGCUUGUUAAUCACCAGAGAAUUCACACGGGAGAGAAGCCCUACCAGUGUCAUGAAUGUGGGAAAGCCUUCUCCCAAAAGUCACAGCUCAUUAAUCACCAGAGAACUCAUACAAGAACUCAUACUGGAGAGAAACCAUAUGUAUGUAAGGAAUGUGGCAAAACCUUUAGCCAGAUCUCAAACCUUGUGAAACAUCAGAUGAUACAUACUGGAAAGAAACCCCAUGAGUGUAAGGACUGUAAUAAAACAUUCAGUUACCUCUCAUUCCUUAUUGAACACCAGAGAACACAUACUGGGGAGAAACCUUAUGAAUGUACUGAAUGUGGAAAGGCCUUUAGCCGUGCCUCAAACCUCACGCGACAUCAGAGAAUUCACAUAGGAAAGAAACAGUAUAUUUGUAGGAAAUGUGGGAAAGCCUUUAGCAGUGGCUCAGAACUUAUUCGCCACCAGAUUACACAUACUGGAGAGAAACCGUAUGAAUGCAUUGAAUGUGGGAAGGCAUUUCGCCGUUCUUCACACCUUACUCGGCAUCAGAGCAUCCAUACUACCAAAACCCCCUAUGAAUGUAAUGAAUGUAGGAAAGCCUUCCGUUGCCACUCAUUCCUUAUUAAACACCAGAGAAUUCAUGCUGGAGAAAAGCUCUAUGAGUGUGAUGAAUGUGGUAAGGUUUUCACAUGGCAUGCAUCCCUUAUGCAACAUAUGAAAAUUCAUACUGGAGAAAAGCCCUUGGUGACCUUCAAGGAUAUACUUGUGAACUUCACCAGAGAGGAGUGGAAGCUGCUGGAUACUGCUCAGCAGAUCAUGUAUAAAGAUGUGAUGCUGGAGAACUAUAAGAACCUGAUUUCCUUGGGGCAUCAGCUUCCCAAACCAGAUGUGAUCCUCCAGUUGGAGAAAGGGGAAGAGCCAUGGCUGGUGGAGAGAGGGAUUCACCGGGAGACCCAUCCAGAUUUGGAGACUGCAGUUGAAAUUAAAUCAUCAAUUUCCAGUAAGAGCAUUUCUAAAAAUAAACAAUCCUAUGGCAUUAAAAUGGAAGGAAUUGCAAAGAACGAUCUCUGGUAUUUGUCAUUAGAAGAAGUCUGGAAAUGUGAAGACCAGUUGGACAAGUAUCAGGAAAACCAGGAGAGACAUUUGAGGCAAGUGGCAUUCACCCAGAAGAAAGUACUUACUCAGGAGAGAGUCUGUGAAAAUGGUAAAUAUGGGGGAAACUGUCUUCUUCCUACUCAGCUGGUACUGAGAGAGUAUUUCCAUAAACAUGACUCACAUACUAAAAAUUUAAAACAUAAUUUAGUUUUUAGUGGUCAUCAGGAAAGCUAUGCAAGUAGCAGUGAAUGUGGUCCAACCUUCUGUCAAAACAUUCACCUUAUUCAGUUUGCAAGAACCCAGCCAGGAGAUAAGUCCUACAAAUGCCCUGAUCCUGUUAACUCUCUUACUGGUGGUACAUCCCUUGGUAUAUCAAAGGGUAUACAUAGGGAGAAACCCUAUGAAUGUAAGGAGUGUGGAAAAUUCUUCAGCUGGCGCUCUAAUCUUACCAGGCAUCGGCUUAUUCAUACUGGAGAAAAACCCUAUGAGUGUAAAGAAUGUGGAAAAUCUUUCAGCCGGAGUUCUCACCUCAUUGGACAUCAGAAGACUCACACUGGUGAAGAACCCUAUGAAUGUAAAGAGUGUGGAAAGUCCUUCAGCUGGUUUUCUCACCUUGUCACACAUCAGAGAACUCACACAGGAGACAAACUGUACACAUGUAGCCAGUGUGGGAAAUCUUUUGUUCACAGCUCCAGGCUUAUUAGGCACCAGAGAACUCAUACUGGAGAGAAACCCUAUGAAUGUCCUGAGUGUGGGAAGUCUUUCAGACAGAGCACACAUCUCAUUCUGCAUCAGAGAACUCAUGUGAGAGUAAGGCCCUAUGAGUGUAACGAGUGUGGGAAAUCUUAUAGCCAGAGAUCUCACCUUGUGGUGCACCACAGAACUCACACCGGACUGAAGCCCUUCGAAUGUAAAGACUGUGGAAAAUGCUUCAGUCGAAGCUCUCACCUGUUCUCCCAUCAGAGAACCCACACUGGAGAGAAACCAUAUGAAUGCCAUGAUUGCGGGAAAUCCUUCAGCCAGAGUUCUGCCCUCAUUGUGCAUCAGAGAAUUCAUACUGGAGAGAAGCCAUAUGAAUGUUGCCAAUGUGGAAGAGCCUUCAUCCGGAAGAAUGACCUUAUUAAGCACCAGAGGGUUCAUGUUGGGGAAAACACCUAUAAGUGUAAUCAGUGUGGGAUUAUCUUCAGCCAGAACUCUCCACUGAUUGUACAUCAAAUAGCCCACACUGGAGAACAGUUCUCAACAUGUAACCAGUGUGGGACAGCGCUUGUCAAUAGCCCUAACCUUAUUCGAUACCAGACCAAUCAUAUUAGAGGAAAUACUUAUUAAUAUAGUGAAUAUGG